AUGUGUCGACGCACUAUUAUCAUCGCCUCUUGCGGCCACGAUUUAGGCUGGGUAUUGGUGCAGUGUCAGGAGUUUCGGGAUCGCAACGAGGCGCAUGCACAUUGCGAUGACCUGUAUAUUCGAGGUGCUCAGUAUAUCUUCCUCAAUGGGCCGUGCGGACGAUGCGUGCAAGAGGCUCAUAGGAUUGCCGACGGUUCUGUCAGCGGCGAGGAGGACGAACAUGGAUUGGAAGAUGAUGAUGGCGACAGCAACAGCAACAGCGUUACAGCCGUCGAAGACAACGGUUGCGCCAAUCGCCAAGAGUCUGACGGUCGUGCUCGGGGUGUGAACAGACGCGCCCACAAUCAGUCGACUUCUGAUGAGAACGAAGAUUGCGGCGCGUCCGCGUGGGACACCUACCGAUAUGCACCAAGAGGUCUAUCGCCUGUGCCCGAAGGUGCUGAGCCGACGGAGGCAUCGACAGCGGCAAGUAUACGAUCGGACUCAUCAGCAUCGCAGCGUCAGCGAACUGCCGCAAUCAUUGACCUAGAACGCCGUCGAGUGCUCAGAACGGUACGCGCUCGCCGACGUUUCCGCGAACAAGAUAUCGAAGACACGCCAACUAUUGCUUCCUAUCACGCGUCUCUCCGUGGAGGCGGCGGUAAGGAUGAUGCUAAUGACGAUGAGAUACCCCGUGAAGUACUUGAAGAAUCGACCAGGGCCUACCAACAUCAAAUGCGGAACUGGGUUGACGAAUCUCGAAAUCUUCAUCAAAGCCAAGGCACCGACGACGAAGAAGAGCAGAUUCGUCAAGCAUUGGAGGCCUCAAUGCAGGAACAGGAGGCUGCACUCAAUGCCCAGGUGGACGCUGACGUACAGCAAACGCUUCGAAAUACUGCUCAGAACCAGCCCACCAGCAUUCCUCAGCAGGGAGCCGAGAUUCAACGACUUCUGGCGCAAUCAGCACAGGACGCGGACCGUGCAUUUGAGCGUCAAUAUAACCAGGCGCUGGAGGAGACACUUCGGCUCUCGUUACAGGAACACCCGAUACAGAGUGAGGACGACUUUGAUGAUGAGGUUGCCAAGGCCACUGCUUUGAGUGCGGGGGAGUAUAGAGAUAGGUAUGGGCCGUAUAUGCCGUCGAAUUGGAAGGAGCAGUAUGAUGAUUUUGCGAGGAAGGGGAUCGAAAGCAGUCGUGCUAGUAGUUCGAGAUCUGGUGGAGGGGUGUUGGUGCCGGGACAUAACGAGGAUGAGAUGUGGACGCAGAGAGGGGCCGGGUAUGGACGGGAAGGUGCUCGCUCGAGUGUGGGAGAGGAUUAUGUGGCGAUACCGACUGGGGCGGGUGGUGGUGCUGCUUCAGCUCCUGUUCCACCUCGCCCACAAAGCCAGCCGAUCGAGACUCCUACCGUGGGUGAACCAUCACCUGCAAACCCAUGCCCACCCAUACCUGCGACCACUGCCUCCACGAUUGCAGCGUCAGAGCGCCAGCGACAGCCAGCGCCGGUACCUUCUCAUCCUUCUCAGACUCAAAGCAGACCAAUCGAGCGCCCUGCUCUGACGAGAGCCGGCCCACGAGGUCCUCAGCCUCUGGGCGGGUCGAGAACACCGAACCUCUAUCGACAGCAUCCUGAUGACGCCGCCGUUGCCGCCCGCGAGGCUGCCUUGAGGCGGUAUCGACAGCCUGCGGCGGCGCCGGAGCGGAAACCCAGCGAGGAGAAGCCGAAGACAGACACGGAGGAGGAGCUUGUCGGGUGGUGGAAGGGUGAAGCGAGGAAGUCGUGA